AUGCCUCACAUUAUCAACGAUAUAUUUCAGCGCGUGUUAUUAGUGUUGUGCAUCGGAAAUUUCGGAAACAGUGUGACUGCAAAAACAUACUACUUGUAUGUGAUUUUAAACGGUAAACCUAAGCCGAUGAUGAACGAUAUUAUAAUUCUACCAGAUACGGAAAUGAUUGAAAUAUCAUGCUGGGGCAUAGCAAUUCCGGCGCCCAAAGUGACCUUUUCCUUCACACCAUGUCCAUCGCUUGAGUGGAACAAUUGCAACAGUUCAACAGUAACUCUAGACGAGACAACCACAUACAGUAAUAUCAGCACAAUUACUUUCAAAGAAAGUGUACGAGUUCUCGGUUCACAUUUAUCACCUGGAAUAGUGAACUGUAAAGCUGCGAACUCCGAAGGCACAUCCUAUACGCGCUCUAAACUGUUUCGACGUAAUCAGCGAGAAACCAUAAUGCUGCAAGAGUUACAUCCAAACACCGUGAUCUAUGCGGGAGAUUCUAUUACGGUCCGAUGCUCCGUCGAUUAUUACAAUUUUACUGACAGCUUCACAUUCUACGCCCAAAAUCAGCGACAUCAAGUACGGGGACAGCAAUACAACUUCAGUUGGGUGGCAGAAUUCACGGUGGCUGAUCUUUCCCUAUCCGAGAACCAAAUAGAAUGUCAAUCGAAGCAUCGGAAUGGAUCUUUGGUAACGAAACGUUUAACUUUCACAAUCGUACAGCCAUAUAUAAGCGUUCAACACAGAUCGCGCAUGGUGGUGGCAAAAUCUUAUAUACCACUACUUCUGAGUUGUAAUGUGAACGCCAGGCCUAUGCCAGAGUAUCGAUGGUUUAAAGAUGACGUUCAGCUUCCGAACACCAACUUCAUGAUUGUCAUAUCCCCGUCAGAGGCUGAUCAGUUCGAUUGUUACGCAAAAAAUAGAGCUGGAGAGGUCAGACUAACCUGGGUAAUAUCAAAUUCCAACAAAACUCUUGUCGAUUUUGAUCAAUUGACACUCAUUAUUACAUUGUUCCUCGUAUUUACAAUGGGUGUUGUUUGUUGCUAUUGUAAAACUAGGCAGCUGUGUACACUUUUUAGAGUGUGUAGAGCAAUUAGGACUCGCGAACCGUAA